GGAGAACUAAGGAACGACGCAGAUCUGCUCUUCGCAUCUGCAGCCUGGUGCCCACUGCACCCAGUGACCAGAGCGCCAAAUCUGAUCAGAUAGGUCUUUUGGACACAUGAUCUCCUGAGAGUUGAGGAGUUAGCUAGAGCUUGUUAGAGACUGAAGGGCUCCUUUCUGGUGUGCAGAAGAGAAGGUGUAUGAGGUGGCCAGGUGCCUGAGAUGGCCUCCUUUCUAAAGGCUGGGGGCGUGUUCUUGGUCCUACUGUGCUUCCUGUGCAAGCUACUUGUGCAAAGCGAGAACCCUUCCAGGCGGGGAUUCAUGGAGCUGCACCACCUAAAUCCAAGCAAAGAAUUCAGUGAAUAUAAUUGCGAUGUCCUCAUGAAAGAAAAAGCUCUGAAAUCCAGGAUCUUCCAUGUGUUCAUUUAUAUAUCAUGGUUCAGAGUUGAGCAUAUGUGUAUUAGUGGCAACUGGAAAGAUCGAUACAAAAAUUCGUAUGUUUGGGCUCAGAUGCCCAUUAAAGUCCUCAAGUGUCAUCUGGACAGUUCCAGAAAUCACUAUAGAGAGAACAGGAGCUACAACUAUGUUCAAUUCCAUUGUAAUGUGGAUGGUUAUGUUGAUAGCAUAGAAGACAUGAAGAUUCUACAGCCAAUCUUUUUCUAGAAAGUCAACCUCCUCCCAGGUUUGGGGAGAGUAUUGAGUGGUCCUCACUUGUUGAGCCCUCCUUACGAUGGCUACUGCUGCCUCCUUUGUACUAGUGUGUCAAUGUUUUCCAAUCACUUAGAGUUGUGCAUCACAUAGAUUCUUGCUAUUAAAAUUUUGCUUAUGUUGU